AUGAGUGUCCAUACUUGUGAAAAACCAUAUACCUGUGACUAUUGCUCUAAAGCAUUCAAUCAGUCUGUACAUUUAAAAUUACACUUGAGGGUCCAUACUGGCGAAAAACCCUAUUCGUGCAAAUAUUGCUCAAAAAAGUUUGCACGGGCUGAAAAUUUAAACCAACAUUUGGCGGUUCAUAUUUCUGAAAAACAGUAUUUGUGCGACUACUGCCCAAAAGCUUUUACGCACUCUGCAUACUUGACGAAACACUUGAGGAUUCAUACUGGUGAAAAACCAUAUUCGUGUGUCUAUUGUCCAAAAGUUUUUACACACUCUGCAAGCUUGAAAAUACAUUUGAGGAUUCAUACUGGUGAAAAACCUUAUUCGUGUGACUAUUGUUUGAAAGCAUUUAGUCAUUCUGUGACUUUAAAACAACACAUGAGCAUCCAUUCUGGAGAAAAACCAUAUUCGUGUAACCGUUGUUCAAAGACAUUUAUUAAUCCUUCAUUCUUAGAAAAACAUAUUAGAAUCCAUACCGGAGAAAAACCAUAUUCAUGUGACAAUUGUUCAAAGACAUUUACUCGUGCUUCAAGCUUAAAAGAACAUAUGAGUGUCCACACUGGAGAAAAACCAUAUUCAUGUGAUAGUUGUUCAAAGGUAUUUACUCAUGCUUCAAGCUUAAAGGAACAUGUGAGGGUCCAUACCGGAGAAAAACCAUAUUCAUGUGAUAGUUGUUCAAAGGCAUUUACUCGAGCUUCAAGCUUAAAAGAACAUAUGAAUGUCCAUACUGGAGGAGAACCACAUUCAUGUGAUAGUUGUUCAAAGGUAUUUACUCGUGCUUCAAGCUUAAAAAGACAUAUGAGGGUCCAUACCGGAGAAAAACCAUAUUCAUGUGAUAGUUGUUCAAAGGUAUUUACUCAUGCUUCAAGCUUAAAGGAACAUGUGAGGGUCCAUACCGGAGAAAAACCAUAUUCAUGUGAUAGUUGUUCAAAGGCAUUUACUCAAGCUUCAAGCUUAAAAGAACAUAUGAAUGUCCAUACUGGAGGAGAACCACAUUCAUGUGAUAGUUGUUCAAAGGUAUUUACUCGUGCUUCAAGCUUAAAAAGACAUAUGAGGGUCCAUACCGGAGAAAAACCAUAUUUAUGAGAUAGUUGUAAAAAGGCAUUUACGCAUAUUUCAAGCUUAAAAGACUGUUCAUACCGAAGAGAUAUGUGAUAGUUCAGGGUG